CUCCUGGAGUAAUUGAAUUGUCGAUGUGGUUUGUUUAGUGUAUGGAUAUGACUAUGUUGUUACGGGUAUUAAAUGUAAAUAGUAGUGUGUUAGGACAUCGUAGUGUUGGAUGAUUUGAGGAAAAAUAGAAUAAAAUAUGGAGGCAGUUUUGAGAGAUAGAUGGACAGUAAUAGCAGCUUUAGGUGCAGGAGUCGUUGUAGGUGUCAGCGGGAUUUAUAUGUACUACAAACUUAAUAGGAGUGUCACGCAAGAGUUAUCUAAUUUAGCUGGUACUAUUGAAAGUUUAAAACGGGAGAUCGAGGAAUUAAAAGCCAACCAUUUAGACCAAAGCAGUCACACUCCUCUAGCAAUACAAUCAAUAGCUGCAGCUCCACCGAGUUCCGUCUCAAGCAUAAGCGUAAAACUUGAAAAGACGAGUGAUAAAAGAAGUGUCCUAUCUCACUGUCAUCUUCUUUCAGGAAACAGUUCAGCCUCAGACGAGACAGAUGAAGUAUAUUAUGAUUUUACUGAUGCAGAAGAAGGUCUUGAUUCAUGGGCCACAGUUAGUAAGCCAUUUGACCAAGCCAAGGAUGAGAUUAAGAGCGAUGCAGAUUGGAUUGAAGAAAUUGACCUAAUGUUGGAUGGGGAUGCUUCUCAGAAAGAAGAGGCUUAUACAGUGCUGUUUGCAAGAAAAGCAGAGUUUAAAAACAAAGCAGAGAUAUUGUGGAGGCUUGCAAAAGCUGCCCAUCUUUGUGGAAUAAUUGCUGAAAAAAGACAUGAUCUAGAGAAGAAAAAGGAAUUAGUAAAAGAAGCUUUUAACUAUGCAAGCUCAGCAUUAGAAGCUGACUCAUCAGAUCCAGAAGUCCACAAAUGGUAUGCUAUCACUGUGGGAAGCUUGUCCAAUUAUGGAGGCCUCCAUGAGAAAGUGAAAAAUGGAUAUUCUUUCAAACAACAUGUAGAUCUUGCUGUGGAACUCAAGCCAGACGAUCCAACUCUACAUCAUAUGCUUGGAAGGUGGUGUUAUGAGAUUGCUAUGUUGACAUGGUGGGAAAGAAAAAUUGCAUCAACUUUGGGAAGCCCACCACCAGAAUCAACCUAUCAAGAAGCUCGACAACACUUGUUAGAGGCUCACCAACUAAAACCUGGAUGGAAAGAAAACAUGCUUUUCAUUGCUAAGACUUACAUUGGAGAAGGGAAUUACCCUCAGGCAUUAUCCUGGAUAGACAGAGCAAUCAUGGGUUCAUGUGUGAGAGAAGAUGAUGAACUGGCCCAGUCAGAGCUGCUUACUCUCCAGAACAGUUAUGAAAAGUACAGAUCAUGAAUACGAAACAACAUUCUUGUUAGCUAAGAAUAUCAAUACUUAUUGAAUCUCAGUUGAUAAAACAAAACAAAAUAAACUAAACAGGACAAGUGUAUUAAUCCUUUCUGGGCUAUAUAGCUAUAUAUAUAUAUAUAUAUAUAUAUGUGUGUGUUGGUAAUGGUAAUUUGAUAUUUUAAUUUGUUAU